CCCUAAGACUACUUCUAUAACCAUCAUCAAGACUUGCAUAAUAUAGAAAUUUAGCUAUUUUUCUUUCUGUUUAUUUCUUCGAGUAAUAUUUUGUUUCUGUGAUUAUGGCUACUGGGCAAGCACCAUUCAACCCCGUUCCAGCUAUGAGACCAUACCCGCCUGUGGAGCAUCCAGUGGUGGUAAUAGGGCCACAGUACCUGGCACAGUACCCUGUUGAGCUCGCCGUCAACAGUGAUUUUAAGGUGUCUGACAUUAAUGGCACCCUCAUCUUCCAGGUCAAGAGUAAACUAUUAAGCCUACAUGAUCGUCGUUUUCUGAAAGAUGCAGCCGGAAACACCCUUGUCAAUCUCAGGCAGAAGAUAAGGACCAUGCAUGGGAGGUGGGAGGCUUUUAGAGGAGAAAGCAAGGAGAAGAGUGAUUUGCUUUUCACAGCCAAGAAAUCAAAGCUGUUCCAAUUCAAGACUGAGUUAGACGUAUUCUUGGGUAAUAACCUAGGAGAGGUCCCUGAUUUCAAGGUCAAAGAAGGCUACAGCAAGAGUUCCUGCUCUAUACUUCUUGGAGAUUCCAAUACCAUGCUUGCACAGAUGCAUAGAAAACAUUCUCUCGCAAGUACUAUUUUGGAUACAGACAGUUUUGGAGUGACUGUGUAUCCUAAUGUUGAUUAUGCCUUUAUAACAGCUCUUGUGGUGAUUCUUGAUGAGAUCAAUGCAGAUCGUAGUGGCGAAGAUUAAAUACAACUUUUUUAUUAUUAUUACGAGAGAAAUGUCCAAUUUUAAUAGCUCUUGUUUUGUUAAAAUAAAUACAAUGUAUGUCUUAUGGCUUUUUUCCAAUGUUAAAUGUAUGUUUUGGAUGAAAUAAAGUGUAAAAUA